CUUUAAUUGCGAAAAACCGAAACGUGACUUUGCGUUGAUAGACGAGGAAAUACGGGAGUACAAAGUUCAGCCGGCUUCUUUGGAAAAUGGCCGGCAUGAGAGUUGUUGGUGCAGGGAGGCAGCUAAUCCGUGCUGGAGGCCUAGCGUUUCGGGGAGACAAAGAAUGCAGGCUGCUGUCCACUUCAGCUGCGAUGUGUGCAAGGAACCACUUCAAAAUUGAUGUGAAGAGAGAUGUGGCUGUUGUACGGAUUGACAGUCCAAACUCCAAGGUGAAUACCUUGUCAGCGGAGGUCCAGUCCGAGUUCUUGGAGGUCCUGAAUGAGGUCCAGAAUAACAGUAGUGUGCGGGGCGUCGUCCUCAUAUCCAGCAAGCCGGGAUGUUUCAUUGCAGGCGCAGAUAUUGGAAUGAUUGAGUCCUGCAAGACGGAGGAGGAAGUAAUGGGCAUAUCCCGGGCUGGACAAAAGGCUUUCCAGUCAAUGGAGGACAGUCCCAAGCCCAUCGUAGCUGCCAUCAUGGGGUCCUGCCUUGGUGGCGGCCUGGAGGUAGCCCUUGCCUGUCAGUACCGGCUGGCAGUGAAAGAUCGCAAGACUGGGCUGGGUGUGCCGGAAGUGAUGCUCGGCCUUCUCCCCGGGGCAGGAGGCACCCAGAGACUUCCCCGACUUAUAAGUGUCCCAAAUGCCCUUGACAUGAUGCUGACUGGAAAAACUAUUCGUCCAGACAAAGCCAAGAAGAUGGGCCUUGUUGAUAGCGUGAUUGAUCCUCUAGGUCCUGGCCUGGCUCCACCCGAGGAGAGAACUCUUCAGUACUUGGAGGAUGUGGCCAUUGAAACAGCGAGGGGUCUAGCAAAUGGGACACUCAAGAAGACACCUAGGAAAAAAGGUUUACCAGACAAAAUCAUGGACACCCUACUGCAGUAUGACUUUGGCAAGAACUUUGUUUUCAAGAAAGCGCGAGGACAGGUGAUGAAAUUGUCACAGGGGCUUUAUCCAGCACCACUUAAGAUAUUGGAGGUGGUGAGGACAGGUCUGGACGAAGGGAAGGAAGCAGGUUACAAUGCGGAGGCAAAGGGAUUUGCUCAGCUGGGCAUUACACCUCAGUCUAAGGGCCUGAUAGGGCUCUACUACGGACAGACAGCUUGCAAGAAGAAUGCAUUCGGAGAGCCUAAGAAGGAAGUAAAGACGCUGGCUGUGCUUGGUGCCGGUCUGAUGGGUGCUGGUGUUGCCCAAGUGAGCAUCGACAAGGGCAUGAAGGUAAUCCUCAAGGACAUGUCCUCCCAGGGGCUGGCUCGGGGACAAGACCAGGUACAGAAGGGCUUCGACACUCAGGCCAAGAAGAGGAAGAUCACAACUUCUGAGAGAGAUUUGAUCAUGUCUAAUCUUGACCCAACCUUGACAUAUGAGAACUUCAAGAAUUGUGACAUGGUGAUUGAAGCGGUGUUUGAAGACAUUGGCAUCAAACACAAAGUGGUCAAGGAAGUAGAGCAGCACCUCCCUGAACACUGUAUCUUUGCCUCCAACACCUCCGCCCUCCCCAUCACCAAAAUCGCAGAGGCCAGCUCCCGACCAGACAGGUUCAUUGGAAUGCACUAUUUCUCACCAGUGGACAAGAUGCAGCUGCUGGAGAUUAUAACCACAGACAAGACGUCAAAGGAUACCACAGCCUCUGCUGUGAAGGUCGGCCUGAGACAGGGGAAGGUGGUGAUCACGGUCAAAGACGGGCCUGGGUUCUACACAACCAGAAUACUGGCACCCAUGUUGUCCGAGGCAAUCAGGCUGUUGCAGGAAGGUGUUAGUCCAACAGACCUUGACAGACUCACUAAAAAGUUUGGUUUCCCUGUGGGAGCUGCAACACUUGCAGAUGAAGUGGGUGUUGAUGUCGCUGCCCAUGUAGCAGAAGAUCUAGGGAAGGCUUUUGGAGAGAGAUUUGGAGGAGGAAGCCCCGAGGUGCUGAAGGACAUGGUUGCGAGUGGCUUCCUGGGCCGUAAGAGUGGAAAGGGCUGCUAUGUGUAUGAGAAGGGGAGCAAGGAAAGACCAGAAAAUGAAGAAGCAAAGAAGAUCGUUCAGAAGUACCAUCUUGAACCUAAACUAGUGAACACAGAUGAAGAUGUGCAGCUCCGGCUUGUGUCCAGAUUUGUCAACGAGGCAGUGAUGUGUCUCGAAGAAGGAAUUCUAAGAAAUCCUCUGGAAGGAGACAUUGGUGCUGUGUUUGGUCUUGGGUUUCCUCCAUUCCUUGGCGGCCCCUUCCGCUACAUGGACCUGCAUGGAGCCAAGCCCCUGGUGGACCGCAUGCUCAAGUACAGAGACUUGUAUGGAGUCCAGUUCCAGCCCUGCCAGUUGCUCCUGGACCAUGCUAACGAUCCAUCCAAGAAGUUCCACUCUUGAACAUACGAACAAAAUGGACAUUAAGAUUAUGUUUUAGACUGUGAUGUCAUCCAUGACAUAAGCGGUUGCCUCCCUCGUGGAGUAGUGUCAGAUUUUUUCAUCAUGUGCUAUGCAGGUUGAGUGAGUCAUGUACAUGUUUCAUGCACACAAAGUGCUACAUCUAUUGUACAUAUUAUUGUAUGAAUGAAUAUUGAAGUUUUCCAAUAAAACUAAUAUGCCUUGUGUAACAGUA